UCUUCCUUAAUACCUUCACCCCUUUAGAUCAUAACUUUGCUCGCGCAUCUUCCAGUUCCUGCCGUUGUAUCUCACCUACCUAAUACCCCGCCCGCCGUACGCAAGCCACCGUUGCCAUGUCUAUGGUAUCACAAACGCUGCAGGGCGCGGUGCUCAGCAUCACGUCCAACAUCCUCGCGCAGGGACUGUCAGCAUACAAGGAUAGCACGCCCUUUUCUCUCAACAUCACCCAAGUCCUUAAAUUCGCUAUAUUCAGCAUUGUCAGCAACCCACCAAACAUCCUCUGGCAAGGCCUUCUCGAAGACCUCUUUCCCACGAAUGUCGCCUCGACCGCGCACGACCCAGAUGUCAAGACCGUCAAGCCUGCCAAGACCGAGAAGAGCAAGAAGAAUAUCUUGACCAAGUUCCUGCUCGAUCAAACCAUCGGCGCUGUGGUCAACACACUCAUGUUCUUAGCAUUCAUGGGCUAUGCAAAUGCGCCGCAGCAGGGCACGCUCAGCACUCAGAGCACAUGGGAUGUGAUCAGGAAGGAAUGUGAGCAGAAGCUGUGGCCGAUGAUCGUGGAUGGGUACAAGUUCUGGCCAGCGAUCAGCCUGAUCAGCUUCGCCUGGGUCCCAGUCGACAAGAGGGUGGUCUUUGGCUGCUCGGUCGGUGUGGUUUGGGGUAUCUAUCUUAGCCUCAUGGCUGGUGUAUAAUCGAGUGAGGGAACACGUAGGGCCUGACGACGACGGCAACAAUCAAGAAACGGUCAGCAGGAUAGUGGAUCUACGGGCAGAAGCGAAUUGAUAUGCAAGUCGCCCUGGCCAACAUAUACCAGCAGCAGCCGACCUGUAUACAGUGGCAAGAGGCUAUAGAAGUGCAGAAUGACGGUCAAGCGGGCUUCCUUUGACAGCUUGGCCCACAUACUCUGCGGCUGCAGUCUGCAUGCCUGCGAGUGCUGUCAACGUAGCGGCGAGGAUCAUGGAAUCAUGGUUGACAUCCC